CAGUUAUACUUUUGAGUUCUUCAGUUUUUCCAAAAUGCCCAGAAGAACAGAGAAGCAUGGCUAUUGUGGAUGUCAACACUGUGUUCAAGGAGUUGGUGGAGUUCAGGGAUGUGGCUGUGGAGUUCUGUAGAGAGGAGUGGGAGUGCCUGGACCCUCACCAGAGAUCUUUAUACAGAGAUGUGAUAUUGGAGACCUAUGGGAACUUUGUGUCACUGGGACUUGCCAUUUUUAAGCCGUCAGUAAUUUCACUACCGGAGCAAGGCAAAGAGCCAUGGAUGGUGGAGCAAGCAGGAUGGUAUCCAGAUUUGCUGUCUGUAAAUGAAACUAAGAAUUUAUCUCUAGAGAGUGGCAUCUUUGGAAAGGAAUCAUUUAAUUGGAAAAUAAUAGAAAGAGUUGGUAAUUCUUGCCUUGAGGAAUCCUGUUUUGGAAAUGAUUGGAAACUUGAGACACAACCAGAAUCUACAGAGGAAUACUUACAGAGAGUGACAGCCCCAUUGGAAAAGAUGUCAACUGAAUUCAUUCAGCCUACACCCAUUGCUCUAAGUGAAAUGACUCACUCUGAAGCAAAACACAAUGAACAGGAAGAAGGUGAAACUAUUACUCAGCAGGUAAAAAUUCCUACCAAUGACAAUGAAAUGUACGAGAACACCUUUAUCUAUUACACAGAUCAGAUGAAGCAUCAGCAGGAUUUUGCUGGCAAGAAAUGUGAUGAAUUGAAGGAGUAUAGCAGAGGAUUUGCAUAUGACUUCCAACUUGCCCCAUAUCAGAUUAAUAAGAAGCCCUAUCAGUGUGAGAUCUGUGGCAAGAUCUUUGAAAAGCAUGCUUACCUUGUUCAGCAUAAUCGCUUUCACACUGGUGAAAAGCCCUGUGAGUGCAAAGAAUGUGGGAAAGCCUUCACUAACUGCUCCCUGCUUGUCCAGCUCCAGAGAGUCCACACAAAUGAGAAGCCCUAUGAAUGCAAACAUUGUGGGAAGGCCUUCCUCUACUUCUCGACGUUUUUUCAACAUCAGAGAACACACACCAAUGAGAAGCCUUAUGAGUGUCACAAAUGUCAGAAGGCCUUUAACAAGAGUGCAAAUCUCACCAGACAUCAAGGAAUCCACAGUGGUGAGAAACCCUAUGAGUGUAACUUAUGUGGAAAGACUUUUACUUGGGCUUCCAACUUGAAUGAUCACCAGAAAAUUCACACUGGUGAAAAACCUUACGAGUGUAACUAUUUUGAAAAGGCCUUUCUCUGUCAUUCAGCAUUCAUGAAACACUAUAGAACUCACACUAAUGAGAAGCCCUAUGAGUGCCAGGAAUGUAUGAAGGCCUUUAGGCAGAAAGCACAUCUCAUCCAACACCAGAGAGUUCAUACUGGUGAAAAACCAUAUGAAUGUAAGGAAUGUGGGAAGGCCUUCGCUUGUCCUUCAUACUUUAAUAGACAUCAGAGAAUUCACACUGGGGAGAGGCCUUAUGAAUGUAAAGAAUGUGGGAAGGCUUUUAUUGAUUGUAAAACUCUAAUUCUACACCAGAGGAUCCACACUGGUGAGAAACCCUUUCAAUGCCAGCAGUGCAGCAAGGCCUUUAGGUAGAGGUCCCAUCUAACCCAACAUCAAAGAAUCCAUACCAGUGAGAAGCCCUAUGAAUGUAAGGAAUGCAGACAGGCCUUUACUUGGCUCUUACAGGUGAAGAAGCACCAGAGAAUACACACAAUGGGAGAAAUCUUGUGUAUUUGAAUACUGUCCUUUAUUUAUUGAACAGUCCUUAUUCAACAUCUUCACAUACAUAUGGAAGAAAAGUGUUGAUAAGAUAAGAAAUAUGGGAAACACCUUUAUGUGUCCCUCAGCUACCCAGACCCUGCUGAGAAAAGCCUGGAAGUGAGGUGUGUGGAACCUCUCACAUCAUACUUAAAGUUGUGUAAUUUAUACUAUGAUGAUUAGAACAGGAAGCCCUCGCUUUUUUCAGCAAUUCAUUACAGAAUAAGAGUUUGUAAGAGAAGACCAUCUGAUGGCUGUCCCUUUUUUUCUUUAUAAUCUAGUUUAUUCAAUAUUAAUUUACAUAGGAAAAAUAAAAAUGAAAUUAUGAAUAGAAAUACUAAUUACCAGUAAAAGGGUUACAUUUAAUUGUAACUAUAGAAAUUGCCACAUAGAGAACAGUGUGGA